AUGUUGCAUAUGUACUUGAAGCCACCAGUAUGUCAUGGAAACAUAACAUCUGAAAACAUAUUUCUUGAUGAAUUCUACAACGCAAAAUUAGGAGGUUUUGGGGCUGCAAACUAUUGCAGCAGCAGCAGCAACAGAGCUAAUCCUGAGCAACUAUCAGAAAUGGCUGAAGACAUAUGGAGCUUUGGGCUACUGUUAGUUGAGCUUCUAAGAGGUGAGCCUCUGGUGGACAGAGAAACAUAUAAAAAUUCUAGGAGGCUAGAAGAGAUAAAUGAGCUCCUUGGCAGUCAGGAGUGCGUUGACCGUAGGUUGACCAUCCCCCAUGAAACAUGCAAAAUGGGUUUUGUAAAGCUUGGUGAAAUUGCAAAGUGGUGCAUUGAUAGUAGCUGGAGAGUUGAGGGGGGUAAGAAUAAUCCCAAGAUAGGUGAUGUUUUGUCGGGUUUGAAGCAGGUGAAGCUCUUGUUUUCCACUGCUUCAGGUUGA